GCCAAUAUAAAUAAUUAAAAAUUACAUGUAAAUAUAAUGUCAAUAUAAAUUACAUAUAUUGGAAUCCAAUUAAAAUAGUUCAGUUCACCUUAAUAAUUUGCUCUAAUUAUGGCCACUGCUGUACAUAUACAUUCAAACAAUUUUUGUUUUGCCCAAUGAAAGACAACGUCAAUAAAGAGAAUUAAUAUAAACAUUUUAAAUAAAUUUUAUCUAUUAUAUUUACAAAGGUUGAUUAAUAAAUAAUUCUUCGAACGAAAUCACAACACGUUCCGACACCACGACUUAACGUUGAAGUUUCGAAGUUCGAAAUGCAAAUCGCAACAAGUAAUGUUUUGAUGACGUUUAUCGUUUUUUCAGCGAACUGUUCUGUCGUUUACACCCUCAGCCGCAUGGGUACGUUCGCGAUCAAGGCUGUUUAAUUAGUCCGCCGAAAGAGUCGAGAGGGUACGCACGUGCCUUGUGUGUGAGCGCUCAAUCAUUUAGGUCCCAAUCCACAACAACCAUGGAUCAUUUUGAAAUUUUUAAGAAAUAUUAUGAAAAAAUAGUAAAAAAUGGGAAACUAAACGAAAUCAUUAAAGAAUGCCGGAAUAUGGAACCAACAUGCUCCAUGCACGAGACCACAACCGUAAAAAACCCCGACAAUUAUUUAAAUGUCUGCGGACCGGAAAUCUUGUCACCCAACGACAAACUCAUGAACACCAGCUCUUCAGUUAAAUCCAGAUCUUUUAGAUUCCACAAAACGAAAGGUGUGCAAUUAACAGCCAACGAGUUCAUACCCAAAGACACGGUACUAAUCCGUGAGCGUCCGACCAUCUUGCAACUGUAUCCGCCCUGCGAGUGCCUCAGUUUGGACCAGACUCUGUACAGGUGCCACAACUGCGCCUUCGCCAUGCUCAAAAGCAUCUCGUGUGAGCAUUGCGACAUGGUGGCCUACUGCAGCCGGGCCUGCCUGGUGGAGGCCAACAACACGUUCCACAAGUACGAGUGUUACGGCUUCCAGAGGCACUACUGGCCCAUGAUGAACACCGACCACUCGUACAUGGCCAUGCGGAUGAUGCUGUACGGCGUCGACUAUUUGGACGACAUGAAACCACCGCCACCCGACGAGUCGGCAGUCAACCCCAGCGGAAGGUACGGCUAUCCGGCCAUCUACUACAUGAGCUCGCACCUCGGCAGGCUCAAACCUAAGGACCUGGAUGAGAUUUGUUAUAAGGUGACCAGGUCUCUGGUGUACUUGAUCGACAAGACACGGUUCUUCCACAAGUACCAGGACCGUUUGUACGACAUGUAUCUCCACGUCGGUGGCUUGAUGUUGCAUCAUUAUUGUCAGGCCGAAGCUCAAGUGGUUUACGUGGAAUAUCCCAACCUCGCCGAAGGUUAUGGGUUUGAAAUCAUUGGAGGGAGGGGCCAGGCCAUUUGUCCCACCAUAAGUAUGAUGAACCACUCAUGCAAGGCCAAUUGUAUUAUAAUAGUGUUCAGUGACUCCAUCGUUGUAAAGUCAAUCCGAGACAUUAAGAAAAACGAAGAAUUGACCAUUCAUUACAUGGAAGUUAAUCCAUUCUUGACAACUGAAUUUAGACAAUUAGUCACCAAGGAGUUACAUUUCUUUGAAUGUAAAUGUGAAAGAUGCUUGAGUGACAUGUACUUUAGUGACAAAUAUUACUCGUGUUUAAAUUGUGGAGAACGAGUGAAGAGCUUCUGGGACACCGAUGAAUAUUUAAUAAUGUGCGACACUUGCGAACAAAUUAUACCUACAGGCAAGCACGAGAAGUUACUAGCUAUGAUAAAUAAUUUAAAAAAAGAAAACCCAAUGUCCCAAAAAUCAUUAUGUUUGAUCAUGAGAAUUGCUAGUAGAGUAUACCAUUGUGACUCUCUUGAAUUGGCAACUGAGUUUUAUUACAUAUGCAAUUAUUUUUUCGAGCUGGCCACCCGUGAAGGUGUGCACAACAUGAGCCAGUUGAGCUGUGGCUUAAGCUCGUUCAGGAUCAGAGACGCCUUCAUGUCGGGCACCCACAAAAAGUACGUAUUAGCCAAACUGGAGUUCUUUGAGAAAAUGCUCCACAGGAUGAUUGUGUGCGAGGAUCUCAACGAAGAAAUAAGAGGAAAGGUUGACAAAAAUCAUAAGCCAUUACGAGACUUCGUAACUAUGGAAGUUCGAUAUGUGAUAAACGAAUGGAACAAACAGCUACAAGCAGUUGCUGCCGUAGUACUAAACUAUAUACCACCUUUUAAUACCAAAUUCCAGAAAUUACUAACAAGCACCAAAGAAGUGGCAUGUCAAAUUUUAAACAUGCACAGUACGCCUCACGUUCUUACGCCAAUUACUAACACCGAAAAUUCGAAUAAACGCAGAUUGAGGCGAAAGUGAACAUCUUUGUUCAGUUGUGAUAUAUUUAAUUAAGUAUGUUUGUUACUUGAAUGAAUGUUUUUGUUUGUUCUUUAUUUACUUUAUUUAGUACAAGUUUGUGCCAAAAGACGACAAUAUUAGCAAUUAAUGUGUUAAAUGUUUUUUUCUAAAUGUUUUUAUACUUAUGUUUAAAUGACUUUAAUAUCGUUUAAUAAUGAUUUAUUAAAGUUACUGUUUUUUUUUUGCUUUUAAUAUUGUCCGUCUAUAAAUGUUCCUAAUAACAAAGUAUUAUGACUGCAGUAUUAUACUUUUACUGUAAAUUUAAGACAAUAAAUGUUUUACAAUUAAA